GCGAAUAUACGAAAUUGAACAAGCAAUACUCAACAGUGCUAUGAUAUUUUUCUUGAUGCUAUAAACCUACUAAUAUGUCCGAGUCAUCAGGCUACAAAGCCGACAGUUCAGGCGAUGUGAACGAGAAGAGUCCGACGAAGAGAGAUGCCUUCACAGAACUAAUGUCUACGAAAAGCAAGCAGCGCAAACCCACGACAACCUCCACCUCCACCUCAUCCUCCAAAGCCCAAACCACCUCCUCCAAACGCAGAGCCAUCGGCGGCCCCCGCGACGGGCUAGGCGCCUACAUCGCGAACCCAACCUCCUUCCCCGCAAGCACCGUAAUCUACCACACCCCCGACUUCGUCGCGAUCCGCGACGCCUUCCCAAAAUCCACCUGCCACCUGCUCCUACUCCCGCGCGACCCCACCAAAACACGUCUACAUCCCUUCGAAGCCUUCACAGAUGCAGCCUUCCUCGCGCGCGUGCGAUCGGAAACCGAGAAGCUGCGCGCGCUGGCGGCGAGCGAGCUGCGCCGACUGCACGGGGCGUAUUCAGCGCAGGAGGCGGAGCGACGGAAGGCGCUUGAAGAAGAUGACGGGGCGGAGGGGGCGGAGGAGCUGCCGCGAGGGCGCGACUGGGCGCGGGAGAUCAUGUGCGGGAUCCAUGCGCAUCCGUCUAUGAACCAUCUCCAUGUGCAUGUUAUCUCCGUGGACCGGUACAGUGCGCGGCUGAAGCAUCGGAAGCACUACAAUAGUUUCUCUACGCCGUUCUUUGUGCCGAUGGAGGAUUUCCCGCUUGCGGAUGAUGAUCCUCGCCGGCGGCCCGAUGAGCAGGGGUAUCUGCGGAGGGAUUUUGUCUGUUGGCGCUGUGGGAGGGACUUUGGGAAUAGGUUCGCGGAGCUGAAGGUGCAUCUUGCGGAGGAGUUUGAGGCAUGGAGACGGUUAUAA